CCGGAGGGGCAGUCACGUGAUGUUUGGGUGCCCGUCGCCGCCCCCAGAGCCGCCCCUCCCGCCGUGAGCGUACAGAGCGCGACCGCGAGCCACCCAGGCCCAGACGAGGACACAGAGGUUCAAGGACCACAGGACUUGCUGAGACAGCUGGCUCGAGAUAGAGCCAGCUAGAGACUGAGCUGGGGCCUUGGGACCAGAUCUUCUGCUUCUGGGCUGUGUUGUGCUUUGCUCUCAGCAAGGAGGCUGCCGGCCCUGCCCUCUGUAAGAAGAUGUCUUAUGGAUCCAUCACUGGCGGAGGUGGCCUGGGGAGCCGCGGCCCUUUCGGGGCACCCUCAAGACAAGGCUAUCAGCCCCUAGAGUGCGCUAGAUGUUGGACCGAGUAUGGAAUCCGCCAUUUCCCCUGCCCAUCGCCAGAGAGCAACUCACAGGACCCCUGUGUGGGGAAGGACGGGGAAGGCGAUCUGGGGCCGGCGGGUGCACCCAGAGUCCCGAGGGCCAGGAAGCGAGGGCCAGGGGUUGCCCCUGAAGGCAGCCGGACACCAGAGCCCACCUCACCACUCACCACUGGCCCGAGAAAGGACUUGGCUGCCGGGCCCCGUGGCCGCAUGACAGGACCCAGUGCCAGCCGGGCCAAGAAGAGGAAGCCCAAUUUCUGCCCCCAGGAGACUGAGGUGCUGGUGUCCAAGGUGAGCAAGCACCACCAGCUGCUGUUUGGCACAGGGCUGCUGAAGGCUGAGCCCACCCGCAGGUACCGCGUGUGGAGCCGUAUUCUGCAGGCCGUGAACGCUCUGGGCUACUGUCGCCGAGAUGUUGUGGAUCUGAAGCACAAGUGGCGGGACCUGAGAGCGGUUGUGCGGCGCAAGCUGGGCGACCUCCGCAAGGCUGCCCAGGGCCCUGACCCGGACUCCGGCAAGCCCCAGCCCCUGGCACUCACACCCGUAGAACAGGUGGUGGCCAAGACCUUCUCCUGCCAGGCCCUGCCCUCCGAGGGCUUCUGCCUGGAGCCGCUCAGAGCCACCCAGGUUGAUCCUCAGGACCUCCAGGAGCUAUUCCAGGAGACAUCAGCCAAUGUCUUCCGAAUCAACUCCAACGUGACCUCCUUGGAGCGGAGCCUCCGGUCCCUGGGGACACCAAGUGACACGCAGGAGCUUCGGGACAGCUUGCACACGAUGCAGCAGGAGACCAACAGGACCAUUGCAGCCAGUGCUGGCACCAUGAAGCAGAUGUCCGAGCUCCUGCACGGCUCCUGCCUGGAGCGCCUUCAGCUGGACCGGCUGAAAACGCAGCUAGCGGACGCCCUGCAGCGCUACGGAGUGGUGCAGAAGAAAAUUGCAGAGAAGUCCAGAGCACUGCUUCCCACGGCACAGAGGGGCGGCAAACAGAGUCCCCAGGUCCGUUUUGCAGAGCUGGCCAAUGAUGAGAAGAUCUUUAAUGGGGGUGACAGCGUUUGGCAGAGCCAGGAGCAGGCGCUGCUUACGGAUAUCACAGAGGAGGACCUGGAGGCCAUCCGGCUGCGUGAGGAGGCCAUCCUGCAGAUGGAGAGCGAUUUGCUGGAUGUGAAUCAGAUCAUCAAGGACUUGGCCUCCAUGGUGUCGGAGCAAGGAGAUGCCGUUGGGUCCAGCAGCAGCAAGGCCACAUGCCGGCGGAGCUGCAGCCCCGAGCCAGCCAUGGCGGCCCUGCUGCCAUGUGCUGGGCCGGGCUCCACGCCCCUGCGGCCAGGGCCCCACUCCCGCACCAAGACACGCAAGCCCAACUUCAGCCCCCAAGAGACGGAGGUGCUGGUGCAGAGGGUGACACGCCACUACCCGCUGCUGUUUGGGGCACUGCGGGGCACGCCCGCCCGGAAGCACCGCGUGUGGAGCAGGAUCCUGCAGGCAGUGAAUGCCCUGGGCUACUGCCGCCGAGACCUGGGUGACCUCAAGCAUAAGUGGCGAGACCUCCGUGGCGCUGUGCGAAAGAAGCUGGCUGAGGGCGGCCCCGCCCCCAGCCUCAUCCUCACACCCGUGGAGCGCAUGGUGGCAGAGACCUUCGCCCAGGCUCCCCAAGGCGAGGGUCAGGUCGUGGAGCCCUUGCCAACCGACGAGGAGGAUGAGGCCCCCAGCUGCCUGUGGCUGCCCCUGCGGACUGUGGAUGGGCCCAGCCCACCUGAACCCGACCCCCUGGACUUCCGAGGAGUCUUCCACGCGCCCGCCUCCUCACCCUCCCCACCGGCUUCCCCAGCCACAGCUCCGCCCGCAGCCACAUUUGUGGGGGGCUCCUUCCAGCCCUCCCCGCCCUCCUCGGCGCCAGCGUCUGCACCUCCCAUGCCCUCUGGAAAGACCCCAGCAGUGGCCUCCGAAGCGUCUGCAUUUGAGCAGCGGCUGCUAGACUCCCACCGCCGGCAGGGUGCCCUGCUCUCCUCCUGGUCCCAGCAGCAGAGCACAUUGAUGGCCCAGCAGAACCUGCUGCUGCAGCAGCUGGCAGAGCAGAGCCAGCGGCUGGCCGAUGGUGUUGAGGCCCUCAACCGGACCCUUGAGAGGCUGGUGGAGACGCACCUCACCCGGGGAGCCUCACCCUCCAUCCCAGAUGGCGGCCCUCCUGGCGGAGUAGCCCAUGGGCUCACCAGAGGCUCCCAAGACAGCCCACAAGGUGCCCACCCAGGGCUCGAGGUCUUCUCAGGGAUGAUCCUGAAGGUAGAGGAGGAGAUGUAGGGCUGGUCCAUGGGGUGCUGGCAGGACAGGGCCAGGCCCCCAGGCCCUCCUCUGUGGAGAUGGCCAGGCCAAGGAGAGGUGGCAGUGCCUAGGUCUCCAAGGAGCCCAGGACAGCUUGGAUCCACAAGGCCAGAGGGUUAAGAAGAUGUGGACGUCUGCCUCUGCUGCUCCUCCCAGCCCUGGCUUUGUCUGUGGGGUAUGCAGACCUGUAGGGAUGGCCUCAGAGAGCCAGCCUGCCAGAGCCGGGUGGAGGAGGUUUACUCAGGGAUGAAGCCAUUAGAGAAAGAAACAGGAGAAGGGAGGAGCCAGGCCUCUGCACCGCCGUCCCCAGGCUCCCACCAGCUGGGUGCGAGGCCGUGGACUUCCGAGCACAGCACCCUGCAGGCAGGCCGGGGGGCACUGGGAGGUGGGGUGGUGCACCUGGGCAUCAGGGCCCUGGACAUGGUGGCUUGGCCAGGUGCCAAGAAGGUACGAGAGUGUGACUUGGAGUGACUCCUGAAGCAUCUCUCCUUUCAUGGCAUACGGACUCGGAGGAGCUGGGCUCCUGCAGUUCUGCUUGAUUCUGAUCCAAGGGAGCCAGUCCCAUGGGCCUGUAGUCAUUUCUCUCCAGUUUUAUAUCUAUAUUAUUAUAAGUUUAUAAAUAUGUACACAUGCAUAUAUAUUACCUGGUACUGUAUGGGGGUGGGAUGCCAUUUUUUACCUUAGAUUUUUUUUUUGCCAAAAGUAUUUUUCUUACAUGAGCAAAAAAAUAACCAAAAAGGCAGUAAUGCUGCGGUGACGAUAACAAGUAAAUGAGCUGGAACCUGCUUCUUUACUCUGGCGGGCUGUGCCUUUGCUUUCAGCUUCCUGCAGGGAGUUCUGCGACUUCCCUGUUUUCAGAGCCUUCUUCAGCCAUUACCUCCUCUGACUCUGUGAGAUCCCUCAGCAGGGGCUGCACUGUCUCCUGUGCCCACUUGGUGGGCACAGUCUGUGGCCACACAGGUUGGGCGGCCAUCGGGUGCCGGCAGGAGAGGGAGGUGGGGGCAGCCCAGCCACCCGGGGCUAUGGCUUGUUCUCCGCCUCCCUCCUUCUCCCUGUCCUGCCCCCUACCUGCCCUGUGGAUAAAGCUUUUCCCAGAGGCAAGAUGCCAACAUCUGGCCUGAGCAAGGGAAGACCCAGCACAGCGAGAGCCCAGACUGCAAUGUACUUGGGACACACAAGAGGGGCCUUUUCCUUGUUGGGUUUUACCGCAGGCCAGCAGUGUACCAAUAAUUGUUGUCUGGCCAGCGGUGUACCAGUAAUUGUUGUACCAGUAAUUGUUGUGAAAGACCCAAACUCGGCAGCCACACACGCAGCGUGGCCUGGCCACCUUCCAGGCUCUUUUCCUUUUGUGGGUGCAAAUAAUGACGUUAGUUCUGCAUGGGGGGCUUCUACUUAGAUGGUUCCCUCCCCAGGAAAGCUAGUCUUCCACCCUCAAAAGCUGGGUUCAUCUCAAUGCCACCACCUCCAACAAGCCUUUAUAAAUCUUCAUUCUUGGUUCUUGUCCACUAAAAAUACUCAUCAUGGUUGGCAUUUGCCUUUCUUAUGGUGAUGAAUAUUUUCUUUCUUGUGUUGCAGUCUUACCUGGGACACAUUCCCAACUCUAGCCCCAGAAUGAGCCUCAAUCCAGGCCACACACUGAGCCCUGAUCCUCUUCCCACACUGUGUCCUGACUGCAGUUAUGUGCUGAGCUUUGACCCUGACCUCGUUCCUGUUUCCACACCUUAUUCUCACCCUAGUUACACAUUCUGUUCACAGACUUAGCCCUGAUCCUAGUGGUACAUGGAGCCCUGGCCCCAAGCCCUGACCCUGGUCUGCCCCUUGAUAUCUGUCAGGACUAUCCUUUGGCCUGGGCCCUUUCUAAGUGCUGAGGAUACAGAAGCAACCAAGCCAGACAAGCAGCCUCUCCUCUCAAACCUCACAGUGCACUGUGGAAAAUGUAUACCAUGUAAAUAAGUCAAUGCAUAUUUGACAAAAGUUAUUCCGUGUCACUUAAAACUAGGUUUGAUUUGAUAGAAAACCAGGAAUAGUGUGUUUUAGAGAAGACAUUGCGGCUCUUACAUAAAGGAAAUCUGGAAGUCGAUAAUCCGGAGCUGGCAAGGUUGCUCUGUAGCCCUCAGAGAUUGGUAUCUUAUCUUUCAGCCCCUCUCUGCCAUGGUUCUCAUGGUCCAAGAUGGAUGCAGGACUCCCACCAUCACACUCAUGUUCCAGGUAGCAGGACUGAGGGAGGAACUUGAGUAAGGGCACACCAUUCCCUCGCAAGACAUCUCUGCUGACAUCUCAGCCAAUUGGCUGGGCGUCAAUCAAAUGCUCAUAUUUCAUUUCAAUAGAAGCUGGGAAAUAUCUUUAGCGUUUUAGCCCAAAAGGGGGAGUGUGUUGCUAAAAGGGAAGGGGGGUGGAUGCUGGGGUAGGGAUCCUACAACCUGCCGGACUGGGGAGUUGACAGAGCUGGGACCUGCAUGGUCUAGAGGGUUGGGGAGGCCUCCUUGGAGAUGGCACAUUGCAGCAGAGGCCCUAUAGGUGACUUGGCAGGAACCAGCGAGGCCAGCAGAGUGGUCAGGCAUGGGGAAGGAGGAGCCGGAAGUAUUCCAGGCAGAGAGAAUAUCAAGGGCCAGGUUCGGGAAAACUGACUCCACUUCUGCCUGUGGCUGAGGAGAAGGGACUCAGAGUUUGGGGACAGAGUCUGCGAGUGCUGGUCUGUCUGCCUCCAAAGUGUAUGCAUACUCCAGCCCUUUAGGUCAUUACUUUGUGAUGGUCAGAUGCUGAGAGGCCAGGCAAGAGCAUGACCGGGAUGGUGGGUGGCUGUCAGUGGGGCCCCAUCAAUCUGGGAGGCACACGGAGUGGCAGGCAGCACACAGAGAGGGCAGAGGUAUUUAUAGAUGGGAGGAGAACUGGGGUUCUCCCUCCUCAGACCUGGGACUGGAAGCUGCUUCUGUUGAAGAGGAGGUAUGAGGGGCCUGAGAUCCAUUAGGAAGGGGACUGCAGUCUUGGUUUAAACAAGAGCCAAUCAGGAACAGAGUUUUGAGGAAGGACAGUUCUUUAUGAGCCCAUGAGGUGGAGGCAGCUAAGAAGACCUGAAGCUGUUGAACUGCCCCGCUGGGAUUCCAGGUGGGUUCAGACCAGAAUCACCCACUUCUCCCCAGAGCCUGUACUUGUUGCAGUCUGUCCCCAGGCAUCCCAAAGUUUGCACAUGAGUGAUCAAGAUGGAGGAGAAGGGAAAGUCACUAAGAGGGUGGCAGAAUCAGUAUUAAUGUCGUGAUGUGAAGUACCUGCGGGCCCCCCGAUGGGGAGGCUCAGGUGAACAUCUGUCCCACCGAUAAGUGGGUCUGUCCCAGCACAGGGGCUUGUUGAAGCUCUGGCAGUAGCAGAACCCUUCUAGGGACCAUGUGGCCUGAGAAGGAAAGGGGGCCUGGGACAAGGCCCUGAGGAGCUCCCACCUAGGAGCACAGGACAGGUCAGCAAAGGAGAGAGAAGGAGCUGUCUGAGGGGGAGGAGAGGAAGUGACAUGUCAGCUGCAGUGACAGAAGCUGGGAAAGGUUCGGGGAGAUAGGGAUGGCCGGCACCAUCAUGUGCCUCAGAAAGGCCCAAUGGGGCAAAGACGAGGGCCCUGACGUGGGGCAUACAGAAGGCAUCGGUGACCACGCAGGAGAUGCUUCUGUGGCAUUCCAUGGUGGUGUUUGAUUACAGGGCCUUCUAUGGUGUGUUUCAGAAACGACAGGCUAGGGGAGUGGGUGGGAUGAUUUCCAUAAGAGCUAGAGAGCUCAGGUCACCUCACUAAGUCCCCCGUUUUACAGACAGUUGGACUGAGAACCCAGGGUGAUGGAGUGGCAGGAGCCAUGCCCAGGGUCAUGGAAAUUUCUAGAGGCAGGCCUGAAACCAGGUUUUCUGAUUCUAAGUUUAUGCCCUUCCCUAUGUCGUGUUGCCGUAUCAGGUGGGUGAGAGUGCCUCUCAUGUUGCCUUGUCCAUCAUCUGACUCAAAAUGAACAAAGCCAAUUCCCCCACCCUUGAGGGUCUUGGGAAAUGAGGAAAGCUGGGCAGAUCUGAUCCUGGUGUAUGGUGGAUACUAUUUGAAGGGCUCUGCCACUAUAAAGCAGUUUAAUAUGGAAAAACUUAAUUUUAAACAUGUUGAUGGCUUGCAGGAAAUAGGCAGGGUAGCCAAGGUCUUGCCCCUCAUUCCUUCCCACUUUCCCAAUCAAACAUGCUAGAGUGGGAAGCCAAUAACAAGCAGGUUUGUCCUAAUUUCGAAGGUAGUGUCACGUCUGCUAGUGGAUCUUGGACCCCAGCAGAAAUUUCUUUCUGGGGAAAAGAUCUAGUCAGGCCUCUGGGAAAACCACAGAACCAGAAGAAUCAUGUCAGAAAUCACGGUCUGUAAUGGGGCAUGCCAUUGAGCAAAUAUCGGGAGAAAGAACCAACGAUAGCAAAAAUAACAAAACAACGGUUUAGGCCCCAAAGGACUUCAGCUAUUGGAAUCACACAAUAUAAUUUCUAUGAAAUAUUCUUAGAAAUAAGAUGAAAUCAGAGGAUUGGAUUAUCUAAAGAGAUCAGGGAAAGAGAUCUGAGAAAGAUCAAAUAUGGCUUGUAGAAAGGAAGAACUUGCUAGAUUAAGUGACAUGUUAGACAUAAGUAAACUGAGAAAUAGCAAACUGGAAGAUUUCUAAAGAAAUUUUGCACAAUAUUGCACAGAGAGGUAAGAAAUAUAAGUAGACAUAAAUUGAGAGAUAUGGAGAGUAGAACCAGACAUUCAAUACACAUCUACCUGGAGUCCCAGAAGAAGAGAAUCAAUUGAACACAGGAAAGGCAGUGCAUGAAAAGGUCACUUCACAGAUUGGGAUCCCAUGGGAACAGGAGGUACGUGUGUGCCAAGCAGCAUGAAUGAAAAGAAAAACGUCCCUAGACACAUCAUGGGGAAACUGCAGAACACCACAGAGAAGGAGAAGGCCUUAUGCACAGCUAGAAAGAAAGGAAAAGAAUGAUAGUUUCGAAGAUGGCUCACUUGACAUCAACAAUAGAAACCAGAAAACAGGAAUACCUACAAAACAUUGAGAGAAAGAAAGUCACUGUCAACUUAGAAUUCUGACACCAGCAAGACUAUCAAGAACAAAAGCAAAAUACAGAUAUACCAUACCAAUGAAAACUGCAAGGGUUUAUCACUAAUAGACUUUCACUAAAUGGAUUUUUAAAAGAUGGACUUCAAGGUGGAGGAAUAUAACCUCAGAAGGAAGAUCUGUAAUGCAAGAAUAGUGAACCAAGAAGUGUAUAAAUAUGUAAGUAAAACCAAAUACCCAUUAAGAUAAAAAAAAAAGUCUAUGACUAGAAUGUCUAAUGUGUGGGAUUAAAUUGUUAGAAAGGAUAGAACAACAACUAGACAGUGAUAAUCUAUUGGGAAGAAUUGUUAAAGGAUUCUGAGUUUCUUCUAUUAUUUGCAGAGAAGUUAAACAUUGACUAAUUUUAUUCUCUAUAAAUAACUAUACAUGGUAAAAAACUCAAGGGUUUCUCUAUCAAAAUUGAAAACUUCUCUGUAAAAGAUCCUGUUAUGAGGAUGAAAAGAGAAGCCAGUGACAAGUAGAAAACAUUUACAAAUCACAUAUCUGACAAAGGACUUGUAUCCAGAAUAUAUAGUAUAAAGAGCUCUCUCAAUUCAACAGUCAGAAAAAAAUGAUUCAAUCAGCAAAUGGGCAAAAAAACUUGAUCACACACUUUACCAAAGAAGAUAUACGGGUAGCAAAUGAGCACAUCAAAGACUCUUAAUAUCAGUGGUCAUUAA